AUGUCGGGCUUGAUGCGUUUGGAAUUGCUCUAUAAGAAAGCUGGAAGUACGGUUUCUGCCAUCUUUGAUGAAAGAUUCCGAAAAGAUCUGGCGGUUGUUCAAGGAGUGCUCUUCCGGAAACUCGUGGACUUACUUCAGUUCUAUGCGGAUUUCGAAGUUAACGUCUUGAAGAGGCACUGCAAUUUUAUUCACUCGUUUCAACUCUUAGCAUUUAACCAGGAGCCCAAGUUGAUGCUGGCAACAGAUACUUGGGCAGACAGGGAAGGAGAGUUUGUCCCGGUGCAAAGCUUGGACUUGAUGCUGUCCAGAUUGGUAUUGCGCGAUCUUGGUGAUCCAGCAAAACUGAACAUGGAUCAAACAUAUUUUGGACUGAGUCACUGGGUAGGGUUUCAACUCCGUAUGGAAGGGUAUGUGAGUGUAGCUGUGCCAGGCGGGAGUUCCAAGGCUUUCAGGGUUGAUAGUUGUAAAGAAAGUGUCCUAUCGCGUCUUGAGAGGCUGUAUGGUGUUGGAGAUCUACUCGAUGCUGAGGGUUUUCCCCUCAUAGAGGAAAGGUUGCACGCAGGCAGCUAUGUCUACGCCAUUCAAGGGCCAGAGCAUGUCGUUGCAGAGCUCUGCCGCAUCUAUGCUGACCGUUUACGGGAAGCCCGAGAUGUCAGUCUGGAGAGGAACCCCCUGAGAGAAGAUGACAGGCUUCCCAUGGACGGCCUAGGUGAUCUGCAGAUACCGAGAGAUGAUCCGGGGCUCUGCUUUCCAAUUGUCGGCAGGCAUGAGACACUCUGUUCGCUGGUGUAUGGUGCUGUUUUGGCGUUCCGAAACUUCACACGGGCCAAUACGUGCAGUGCCUCCGUGGAUGCGGGUCUCAGGGAUCCUCACUUCAACGCAUUGAUUGCGUAUCCUGGGGCAGGCAAGUCUACCAUUGGCAGGGACUUUCCUGCUCUCUUCAGGAAGUUUUGGACGUCGGGAGAUGCCAUUGAGUUUCUCAAGUCUCGGAAGCUGCUGGUGAAUCGUGAUUUCAUUCAGAUGGUGCAGGACUCUUUGGGUUAUAACGCCAGUUUGUAUCACAACAUCCACGACCAUCAAGGGGGUCUACUCUAUCCCGUUGAGAGGAAGCUAGCUUCCUCGAAAUCUUUUGAGCAGAUUCUGGCAUUAAGGCUUCUCUUUGCGGCUGUUUCCAAGCCUGUGCCCACUCUGUCGUAUGAAAGUAUGCUACAUUCUAUUGCACACAUCGCCACGAGGAUUACUCUGAAUGACGUGCUUAUUUUCUUCCGUAAAGCCGUGGAGACAUCCCCAUCCCACCAGAGGCCGAUUCUCGUAUCACUAUUCCUCGACGAAAUUAAUUGUGCCGAGUAUCUUGGGAAUACCUCCUGGCUGCAGGAGGUAUUAUCGUCUUAUGUUUACUCCUUCCAAGCUUCAAGGGAGACAAACGUUUUACUUGUGGUCACUGCAUCAGAUAAGGCUGCGUCCUUCAGGCUGGGAAGAACUCCACAUAUUCCGAUUCCUGUGUCCGCUCUGAAGGCCGAGGAUGCUGUUACGGUUGUUACAAACUUCUUUAGCAGGCUUUCCGUUACACUUGGCCGCAGCGAGAAAUUCUGCCCGAGCAACAUACUCAAACUCUGCAUUUCACUUAUUGGAGGGAUGCCCCGACACUUGGGAUACAUGAUAAGGGGAAUGCUUACCAGCGACCCAUCGGAACGCAUCUGCGCAGCAACACUCUUACAGACCGCUCAGGAGUUCACCACUGAUAUUCUCAUGGCAACUCUGAAAAAUACAAUCUCUCUCACUUCAUGGAGUAUCGGCAAGUAUGAACACGGUACUGGUUUUGCUAUACUGCUAACUGCUCUGCGGCAUUCUCUGCUGGGUACCGUCAUCUACAGGUCGGACCCGGUUGUAGACAGCAACGACAUACGUGUGAUCCAGUUUGAGGAAAACUCUUGGGGCGCUUUAGAGCAGAAAGGGCUAAUAUCGUUGCAGCUUGUGGAUUCCAAUGCUUCACUUGAACCUGAUCAGUGGCGCUGUCGAGUACACUUUCCUCCCUUGCUUGCUCUCGCAAUGCAGAGCAGUGGCAACGACUAUUUUGUCACUUGCUUCACAUCUGCUACGGAGCGAAGAUUUCGUGGACGGGAAUUGAGCGACUUACAAUUCAUAGCCUUUAUGAUCUUUCUUCUGAAGUCACCCUUAGUAGAAGAAGGAUCACCUCGUGUGUUCAGGCUGCGAGAUAUCAUUCCGUGUGUUUGGGAUAUUCAUAGGGAUCUGGAGUCGCUAGUUCUACCUUAUCCAGAUGAAGGCCGGCUUACGCCAUACAGGACAAUGGACCAAGUUACUGGAGCUGCUCUACAAGCACUGGUUUUGCGUCGAGGCCCUAGGUUUUCUCUACUCGCCAGUGGGAAUUCUGGUUUGGAUUCUGUGCACGUUCUUGACAACUUCCUCAUUAUCACCCAAACAAGGUCGUCUGAUGAUGCGAAAGAAGAACCACAGUCAGAUGCUGCCACGAUCUUUUGGUCAUGUCUCUCGGACUUGACAGGGGUAGCUCGUCUGGAGCAUUUGACAACCGCUGACUUGGAGGAGUUCGGGCCUGUGCCUACAGAUUUACGACAGGAGGUUCAGCAGUUGUGUGAUAACAUUGAUUUGGACGAGUUCGGGCCUGCGCCUACAGAUUUACAACAGGAGGUCCUGUCACGCAAGCGGUUGCGUGACAACAUACCUUCAUCUCCAGCACCCUCGAGUGGACCAUCCAGACUCACCCGUUCUAAACGAGCAUCAAAGUUGAGGUAUGAUAAUUUUGUUGGGAUGCAUGAAGAAGUCGACUAUCCAACACAGUCAGCAGGAUGCUAUGAUCUAUCAAAUAUUGUUUAUAUAUACUCUUCCGACCAUUACAUAGAGCAGUCGGAGCGGUCGAAGAUCAUGAAUUCCCAGAAUCCGUUGUGCAGAAGAAUUGUUAUCAGGCAGGCUGAUUCAGCAGGCGUUCUGGACAUGUUGUCCGAGGUUCGCCAUUUAUCUCCUCUUCUUGUAGUUUGAAAACACUACCACCUAAUAAAGUCGUCUCGACUUUGCUGUUUC